UUGCCUCUGCUCGGGGUCAUUUGUCGCAUGUGGCUUUCCGUAGCGCCACGCUCGGUAGGUGGAGAUCGUCUACGCAAAGGCAAAGAGGUCAAGAGGAGGGGAGGGAAACCACGUGUGUUGAGCACCACCACCAUGUACAGCUCUGUCCUUCCUCUGUAGCCUUGUUUUUGUAAGCCGCUGCUACCCUUCGCAUGUAGACUCCGGACCCGGUGUGAGCCUCAGAAGCGGACCGGUUCUGAUUCUGCUUUUCGACUUAAAACCACAGAAACACUGCUGAGAGCUGAAAGCUGCACGGAGGGGGGGGAGUUUCUGGAGCCACACACUGACUGCCUACCAUGGUGAGCAAGACAGAUGACAUCCCGGCGUCAGUGCCUGACUGUAAUCCGGUGGAUCUCCAACUGGACGGAGCCCAGGAGGGCACUGGAACCAGUAAGGGCUGCCUGAAGGAGUCCUGCGGCUGUGCAGGUCACAGCGCAGAGACAGCCAUGGUGAACGGAGACGGCGCCCACACAGAGGAGGGAGAGUCGAAGCAGGACGGGAACAGCGAGGCGGACGGCGGCGAGGACUCCAACGAACAGGAAGUGAUAGUGAUCCAGGACACAGGCUUCACCGUCAAGAUCCAGGCGCCUGGAACGGAGCCGUUCGACCUGCAGGUGUCCCCCCAGGAAAUGGUGCAGGAAAUCCACCAGGUGUUGAUGGACCGGGAGGACACCUGCCACCGCACCUGCUUCUCCCUGCAGCUGGACGGGAACGUGCUGGACAACUUUGCCGAGCUGAAGUCCAUCGAGGGUCUGCAGGAAGGAUCGCUGCUCAAAGUGGUCGAAGAACCGUACACUGUGCGUGAAGCCCGCAUCCAUGUGCGGCACAUUAGAGACCUGCUGAAAAGCCUGGACCCAUCAGACGCCUACAACGGCGUGGACUGCAACUCGCUGUCCUUCCUCAGCAUCUUCACUGACGGAGACCUUGGAGACAGUGGAAAGCGAAAGAAGAAGGGCACCGAGCUGGAGCAGAUCGACUGCACCCCUCCAGAACACAUCCUGCCUGGCAGCAAAGAGCGCCCCCUGGUGCCCCUCCAGCCACUGAACAAAGACUGGAAGCCCAUGCAGUGCCUGAAGGUCCUGACCAUGAGCGGCUGGAACCCUCCGCCUGGAAACAGGAAGAUGCACGGCGACCUCAUGUACCUGUACAUUGUGACCGUGGAGGAGCGCCACGUCAGCGUCACGGCCUCAACGCGAGGCUUCUACCUCAAUCAAUCAACGACCUACACCUUCAACCCAAAACCAGCUAACCCCAGCUUCCUGAGCCACUCUCUGGUGGAGCUGCUGAGCCAGAUCAGUCCUGCCUUCAAGAAGAACUUCACCUCGCUGCAAAAGAAAAGAGUGCAGAGACAUCCGUUUGAGAGGAUAGCCACGCCUUUCCAGGUGUACAGCUGGACGGCUCCGCAGGUCGAUCACGCGAUGGACUGCGUCAGAGCUGAGGACGCCUACACCUCCCGCCUUGGUUAUGAGGAGCACAUACCGGGACAGACCAGAGAUUGGAACGAGGAGUUGCAGACCACCAGGGAGCUGCCGCGGAAGAACUUACCUGAGCGACUACUGCGGGAGAGAGCCAUUUUUAAGGUCCACAGUGACUUUGCAGCUGCUGCCACUCGCGGGGCCAUGGCAGUCAUCGAUGGCAAUGUUAUGGCGAUCAACCCUGGCGAGGAAACGCGUAUGCAGAUGUUCAUCUGGAACAACAUCUUCUUCAGCCUGGGCUUCGACGUGCGGGACCACUAUCGUGAGCUUGGUGGCGAUGCUGCCGCCCAUGCUGCGCCGACUAAUGACUUGAACGGAGUACGUGCUUACGGGGCGGUGGAUGUGGAGGGUCUCUACACCCUGGGGACAGUAGUAGUGGACUACAGAGGCUAUAGAGUAACUGCACAGUCCAUCAUCCCAGGGAUCCUGGAGCGAGAGCAGGAGCAGAGCGUCAUCUACGGCUCCAUUGAUUUUGGAAAGACGGUUGUGUCUCAUGACAAAUAUCUGGAGCUGCUCGAUAAAACCAGCAGGCCACUAAAGGUGCAGCAGCACAAAGUGCUGAACGAGAAGGAAGAAUCAGUGGAGUUGUGCUCCUCCGUUGAAUGCAAAGGCAUCAUUGGUAAUGACGGCAGACACUACAUCCUGGAUCUUCUUCGAACCUUCCCUCCUGACUUGAACUUCCUGCCUGUGGAUGGAGAGGAGCUGUCUGCAGAGAGCCAGCAUCAAGGCUUCCCCCGGCAGCAUCGCCAUCGCUUGGCUUGUCUUCGCCAAGAGCUCAUCGAGGCCUUUGUCGAGCACAGAUAUCUUCUUUUUAUGAAGAUGGCAGCAUUACAACUAAUGCAGCAAAAGGCAAACAAGGAUUCUAGCAAAACAGACGUGCCCGCCAUUACCGAGACCUCGGCGACAGAUAGCAACCUUGAUUCCACACAGACUGCUUCUGCACAAGCAUCGACAGAUAGCACAGACCCAACAGACAACAGCCCCUCUGUUGCCCCACAAAUGGCACCUGAAAGUGAAGAAAGCUCUUCAAAGCUCACAACAAACGGGCCUGUAGGUCCUACAGGCACCCAGAACGGGGAAUGCAAAAGCCCACUGGAGGGUAAGGAGCUUGAGGAAAGUAUUCCAGGAUUAGCGCAGGCCAAAGAGCUGGCGGAGACCUUAGUGUCCGAAGAUGGAUCUGGUAUGGAUCCCAAAAGCCGCGAGGUGGUCCUCAACGCCUGCAAGGCCGUGGGCUCCAUCAGCAACACUUCGUUUGAUAUUCGCUUCAACCCUGACAUCUUCUCCCCAGGGGUGCGUUUCCCAGAGGACACGUUGGAGGACGUCCAGAAGCAGAAGCAGCUCCUCAAAGACGCCGCUGCCUUCCUGGUCACCUGUCAGAUCCCGUCUCUGGUUAAAGACUGUUUGGACCACAGCACUCUGCCCAUGGAUGGAGCCACGCUAACGGAGGCUUUGCACCAGCGAGGCAUCAACGUCCGCUACUUGGGGACAGUUUUGGAGUUUGUGGACAAGACUCCGGCCAAAGCCCAGCUCGAGCAUUUCUACAGAAUAGGAAUCGUUGAGCUGAUCACAAGGUGUGCAAAACAUAUCUUCAGGACAUACCUGCAGGGUGUGGAGCUGUCAGCUCUCUCUGCUGCAGUGAGCCACUUCCUCAACUGCUUCCUGAGCUCCUUCCCCGACGCCGUCGCGCACCUGCCUCCCGACGAGCUCGUGUCGCGUCGCAAAAGCCGCAAGCGCCGCAACAGGGUCCCCGGCAGCGGUGACAACACGGCGUGGGCCAGCCUGACGCCCAGCGAGCUGUGGAAGAACAUCGCCACCGAGGCUCAGAGCUAUUAUCACUUCAAAAUGCAGUGCGAGAGCGUCGACCAGGUUGUGGAGAAAUACGGCCUGCAGAAAACCACCCUGCUCAGAGAAAUCUCAGUCAAAACUGGCAUUCAGAUCCUGUUGAAGGAGUAUAAUUUUGACAGCCGUCACAAGCCGGCCUUCACAGAGGAGGACAUCCUGAAUAUUUUCCCCGUCGUUAAACACGUGAACCCCAAAGCCUCAGACGCCUUCCACUUCUUCCAGAGCGGCCAGGCUAAAGUUCAGCAAGGUUUUCUGAAAGAAGGUUGCGAACUGAUCAAUGAGGCUUUGAACCUCUUCAACAACGUUUAUGGAGCCAUGCACGUAGAGAUCUGCGCCUGUCUACGCCUGCUGGCCCGCCUCAACUACAUUAUGGGAGACCACGCUGAGGCUCUCAGCAACCAGCAAAAGGCAGUUCUGAUGAGUGAGAGAGUCCUCGGCAUCGAGCAUCCCAACACAAUCCAAGAAUACAUGCAUUUGGCUCUUUACUGCUUCGCCAACGGCCAGCUUUCCACCGCCCUGAAGCUGCUCUAUCGGGCUCGUUACCUCAUGUUGUUGGUGUGCGGGGAGGACCACCCAGAGAUGGCGCUAAUAGAUAGUAAUAUUGGGCUGGUGCUUCAUGGAGUGAUGGAGUAUGAUUUAUCCCUGAGGUUCCUGGAGAACGCUCUGACCAGCAACACAAAGUAUCACGGAGCUCGUUCCCUCAAAGUGGCUCUCAGCCAUCAUCUGGUUGCCAGGGUGUAUGAGAGUAAGGCAGAGUUUCGCUCAGCUUUGCAGCAUGAGAAAGAGGGGUACACCAUUUACAAGAACCAGAUGGGCGAGGCUCACGAGAAGACCAAGGAGAGCUCAGACUAUCUGAAGUAUCUGACCCAGCAGGCUGUGGCUCUGCAGAGAACCAUGAACGAGAUCUACAAGAACGGCUCCAACGCCAGCAUCAUGCCGCUGAAGUUCACCGCUCCCAGCAUGGCCAGCAUUCUGGAACAGCUCAACAUCAUCAACGGCAUCAUCUUUAUUCCUCUCAGUCAAAAGGAUCUGGAGAACCUGAAGGCAGAGGUGCAGAGGCGGCAGCAGCUGCAGGAGCUGGGAAAGAGCGAGGAGCCCGCAGAGGGCAGCCCACUCGAACUAGAAGACAAAAUCCCUGUCGAUUAACUUCCAGUAGCUCCAGGCACAGCUGCUUUCUGCUUGACGAAAAUAAGAGAGGAGAGAGAGGCUGUGACGCAACAGCCAAGCGACGGAGCCUGUGGACCUGAAAAUUAAGUAAAAUCAGCUUUGAAAUAAACAGGGUGAGGGUGGGGUCAGAGAAGUCCUGGGAAGAAAAACCGUAUGGACUGUAGGACAAACGAAUGCAGAGCAGGGGCUUCCUACAAAGUAGGAGAGGGAGGGAGCAGAAAUUACAAAUGACAUAGAUUGAGUGUAAAGGUGCAAUCAGAAUAAAACUGGACAGGACGUCCCUGGAAAGGGUCGGCUGCUUAGACAAAUUACAUUUGAAAAGAAUGGCUGCAGCUGGAGACCAAGAAUGACCAUGACAUUAUGUACCAGAGCCUUAUCUGCCAUAUCAUCACCCCGAAACGAUGCUUCUUUUAAGACGCUUCAACGGUGCUCCGAAUGAAACGGCACCGAGCCUGCCCCAGAACUCAGGGCGUGUUACCACUGUGCACAAACAGACCCGAAUGCAGGCAGUAAACCAGAGAUUUGUUUCCAACGGGGGCCGCAGAAUGUAAACUCCCAUCUUUGCACCUUCUUUGAGUCGCUUUGUAGCAAUCAGAGUUCAUCCGUAAACCUCCCCGAUCAGUCAUGGGUUUAAUUUGUUCUGUCGUUUGUACGCGCUGCGUCCCAGGACGGGCGCUUUGAACAGAUCAAUUCAUUUGUGUUAAUUUGGUGGGGUUUAUUUGUUUGGGUUUUGUUUGUGUCUUUUUAAUGUGUGUCGAUCAUCAGUAAAUUUAAGCCAUGUUUGUUUUAGGGAAAAUGUAUAGAAAUGGAGAGAGAUGUAUAAAUCUUGAUUGGAUCUAGGCAGGUACUUGGUGUUAAGGGAAUUCACAGAUCUCAAAUACGUCCACUUUAAGCCGUAGAUGUAUCCAUAUAUAUAUAUAUAUAUAUAAAUAUAUACUAGCUGUGUUCAAUCUUUUAUUUUUACAUUCAAACAAAAUAGAAUAUACAUGCAUGUGUGUUUGACGGUGUGCGUCUGUGUGUAGUCUGACGGGAAAAUCUGCCGAGCAGGACUGGUUGCUUUCCAAAUGUUUUAUACCUCCGCACACGUGGAAGCUGUUCAAACGCUAAUGCAUAUUUUCUUAAAACAUUCAUGGCCACCGAUGUAAAUCUGCUUACGUAUGAAGUUGGUUGCUCUACUUAUCACCGCACAAGCUCUCACUUUUGGACUGUUUUUUUUUUUGUUUGUUUGUUUUUAUUUUCUUCUGGCUUUCGGAGAUUUAAAAAACCUAGCCAAGGUUGAGCGGCACUUCUCUUGUGCAUCUGCAUGACCAAAAGUGGGCAAAGAGCAGGUAUGAUGACAAAAAAAAAAGAAACUGAUAAAAAUCUGUUUGUAUACAUGAAAUGUUUCCCAUCUGUUGUAAUUUCCUUACAUUGUUGCAGUGUGUAGAUGUGUGAUUAAAGCAAUAGAGAGGGGAUGCUGGACUUUUUGAUUGUUUGUAGAGAAUGUUUUUGUACAUGGCACAAAACAUGCAAAAUGGACUCCCCUUGAGUUUAAGAUAAGCUUGUCAAGAAGUGAACGUCAAGCUCUUCACAAUGAAUCCUUUCUGCUGAAAACGUGUCUCAGCAGUUGCAGAGCCUGUUCGUGCCUCUUGUUUAUGUUCUUGAAUUGAACUUGGGUCAUGGUGGGUGAACUUUAGCAGAAUAUAAAACUAACAUUUCCCUCUUUUGGUUUUCUGGCUGUUUUGAAUUAGUUUUAGUUUUAGUUUUAAUUUGACUUUGUUCGUGUACUUUGUCAACAGUAACUCCAACAUUGUCCACAAGGGGGCGCCAAACACCCUUUUGUUAUUUUGAGGGAAUAAUUAAAAUCAAAAAAAUGUGCUGCAGGUGCACAAACGCAUUAUUUCUUUUUACAGAACAUGAUGGAUGAGUUUGAGUAUAAAUUAAUUUUGUCACCAUUGCAUUAAAAAUCCAAACGGAAAACACCAGAUGGGAAUAAACUGUAAUCUGACACUUAAAAAAAACAACAAAAAAACUAUGCUAUCACUUUGCCUGAAUUGGAAAGCAUGUGUGGAUAACGUCUCUUUGAAUACUAUGCCCAAGAUGUUUUUCCACAUUCAGCAUAGAAAGAAACAUUUUUUUAAAAAUGACCUUUUCUGAAUAAUUUUUCUCUGUCAAUGAAAGCUUUUCUGAACGUGUAGUGGCUGAAUCCACGCUCCCUGGCUGUGUGUCUGGUAUUUGUGUGAUGCUAUUUACAUACUAACCUAAUUUUCUUUUUCUUUUUUGGUCUGACUUCUUUUAUAAUAAAUGAAAUAAUUUAGCUAAAAUUUUGCUUGGAGUUUCUUCCACCGUCUUAUAUCAGUACACAUGUAUUUUACCUGUAGCAGCUGAACCAAUUGUUUUACUGAGACGAGAGCUAAACUUGUAAAAAUGAAACACUUUGGCAGAGUUUCUCUUUAUUUUAAUAAUUACAUUAGAUUUUUUUCAGUGUUCAGUUCGAGAGUAUUUUAUUCGUAGCAAAACCUUUCAAUUGUAAUACUGAGAAAUGUGUAGGAACUCAGGUUUUAUUUGUUAGUUGGUAUAUAUGCAUCUGGUUUCAUAAGUACUUGUUAAAUCUUGUUAAAGAAAUGGAAAACAAGUGAUUAUUUCAGGAAUUUUGUUAUAAGUUAAUGGAAUGUGAACCAGCUCUAUGAUACAAGACUAAAAAUGUAAAAUCAAUUUGAAAAAUAGGAAAAAUAAAGGUUAGAAUUAAUCGGUUAAGAAUAAAUGUAAACAAGUAGGAAAUGGUAAAACUCACUUGUAAAACACAAAACAUUAAACUCAAAUAUGAAAGUAGUAGGUGACCCUUUCAUGCUAACUUAGAUGCAUUUUAUACUAAUAAUAUAAUUAAUAUAAAUUAUUUAAAAAUAAAUAUUAAUAUAAUCAAAAAUAUUAACUAAAAUGAGUUGCAGAACUGAAAAGUAUUCCAUACACAUUUUUUCCACUAAAUGUGUGAUGUAUGCACUAUGGUCAAUCAAUAGAUUGAACUAAAAAUGUGUUUUGAAGAAUCUUUUAUAGUUUCCUGAUUUGUCCACUGCUCAUAUGUUUAACUAUAUGAUUACUUUUUACAUAAAAACGGAUGAUUUUUUUUUUACCUUUGUGGCUGCACAACAUUGCCUUAAAUCUACACUUCAGCCUAAACAUAUGUAUAUAUUUCCCACAACAAUUCCCCAUUUAAUACGUGUUGUUUUUUUACAGGGAGGAAAGAGUUAAUCCCUAGAUAUAAAAUAAUAAAUAGAUUUUCUGUUGUCAAGGGCGUGCGCGCUCCCGUCGAGCAGUGAACGCGACCUGGCUGCGCGCUCCCUCGCCAAGGCGACUGCGGUAGCGCACAGAAAAAAAAACAAGCGAGUCGAAGCUGAGGAGACAAGACGGACCACAGUUUACCUCCACAUCACAAGAUCACGUUUUGGAGCAGGAAAUCUCACGCCCUGCCGGGUCGUGUUAACGUCGGAGACGGCUGACGAGAUCCACUGAGGAGAAUUAAAGGAUGCGGUGUAGACUUGACUGUUGACUGGUCUGCACGCUCGCCACUUCUCUCAUUCCUGGAGAUAGUCAAUUUGGAGGGGGGGCAGAUUCCUGCGUUCCCCUCCUCUUAGUCUGUGUCUUUGUUUGGGACGAAAACCAACCACUUGCGCUUGGAGUACACGACCCAGCCUGUCUCGUCGUUCCUGGCUCAGCACAGCUCAUCCUUUGACUGAGGAGAUCGCACCAUCUGCAGGAGAUUCACUUUUAACCUGCUGAUCCCUCCCGGCCCCGCCC